AAUCGACAAAUGGCUUUUGUGCCUAGAAUUGCAGUGGUCCUUUUGGCCAUUAUUGCAGCCGGACAAUUGCAAACUCCAUGCCCAGAAAACGAGAAUUCCUGGAUAACGUUUUGGGACCACAACGACAAUGUACUGAGACUCCAAACAACUGGUUGGAAUUUCCCGAGUGUCAAUGUUUGCACAUGGUACCGACGUGAGAGCUGUAAUAAGACCGGGGUCAAUGUAUCGCUCUGGAACUAUCUUGUUGAACAAGAACGAAAAAGAGAUUAUUCUUGGUUGCCUAAGUAUUAUUGGACAUUCGGCGAAAAUGACUCUAUGUGGAGAUACGCUGCGCAAGGUUUGGAGGUAAACUACCUGCUAUAUAAAGAAAACGAUAGCAGCUGUGCUGUACUUGAGCAUUACUACUACACGUUUGAAGACGAGAGCCAGAAAUACAAACUAGGGCAGAUGUGUAUGAACGCACCAGAUGCUGGACACUGCCAAAGAGAUUACAUGUAUUACGACCUGCUCGUCAGUGAAAACAAGAGUGAUGUGCCGCCACAAUGUUAUGAAUUUUUUGAAAAAAAGAAGGGCGACCGCAACGAGAGUAAAAAUGCAGGGAUCAAUACCUGCAAGCCCAAAAUCGGGUGAUCUAAUCAACACUGCGUACUCACAAGAAAUAAAACUAAUUUUUUCUGAAGCUCUUUGGACAUACACAAAUGACCAUAUUGGGAAUAUUCUUACAAAAUGACAAUUAUACAACUACCAGUAUCGGUGUUGGCUGCAAAGAAAAUUCUAUAAUAAAGAGGAACUCCGCUUGA